AUGAUCACAGACGUGCAGCUCGCCAUCUUCGCCAACAUGCUGGGCGUGUCGCUCUUUCUGCUUGUGGUUCUCUAUCACUACGUGGCCGUCAACAAUCCCAAGAAGCAGGAAUGAAAGUGGCGCUUUCUCCGCCCCAGGGUUCCAGGACAUAGGCUGAGGCAAGAUGGAGGGUGUGAGGGGCCUUCACACUUCACUUCAUCCCUCUACCCAUCACAACAUACAAAGCAACUACACCUGGAUUUUUCCAAACAACUUUUAUUUCCUCAAAGUCUUCCUUAACCCUAUGGAACAAGAAGCUGCCACUGAGUAGGGCCCAGUAUAGGGGCUUUUUCUACUCCCUCCCCCCAAUAUAAAAAUAUAGAUAUA